AUGGAGCGUAGGAAUCAGGAUUGUUACUUUUAUUAUUAUUCCACUUGCACUAAAGGAGAUCAGUGUAUUUUUCGACAUGAGCCAUCAGCCCUUGGCUGUGAAACUGUAUGCCCAUAUUGGCAACAAAGAAAAUGUGACAAUUGGUUUUGCAGUUUAAGGCACAUGGACUUAAAAAAAAAUCGUAAAACGAUUCCUUGCUUUUGGGAAAAUCAACCUGGUGGGUGUCGUAAACCUCAUUGCCCAUUCCUUCAUAAAAAUCCAAGGGAUCCACUUCAAAUUGCAGAAGCUAAUAAAAAAGAAGGUAAAUUUUUUAUUUUUUAA